AAUUAGUAGCAAUUGCUUUUACUCCUUCACAAUCACGAUUAAUUUCACGAUCUAAUGUCGAAAGAAAAUGUACCAAUGUAUCCAUUGCACUUAAACAUAGCAAAUCUAUUAAAUAUGAUGAUGCCAAAGAAU